AUGGCUGAUAGACUAACACAAUUGCAAAUAUGUUUGGACCAAAUGAUGGAGCAGUUCUGUGCUACUCUCAACUACAUCGACAAAAAUCAUGAUUUCGAAGCAUCGGUUAAUGGAGAAGACAAAAUGACAGAUCCACAAGCUACCAUUGCACCCAAGGAGGAGUUCGACAAUACUAUUGACGAAUUGUCUACAGAUUUGAUUCUGAAGACAAGACAAAUAACAAAACUCAUAGACUCGUUGCCAGGUGUUGACGUUUCCGCUGGAGAGCAAAUGCAUAGGAUAGAAGCAUUGCAGCAUCAACUGGUGAAAAUGGAAGACAAGAAGAUCGAGGCUACGAAGCAGAAGGAGGAUCUGCUGAAAAAGGUGGAUGACAUGAUUUUUAACUUCACAGUUGGUAUCGCCGAAGCUCGUAAACCAGAACAGGGCCCUGGAAAAGAGUGA